AUAGCUGAGGAUCCCCUCAUGCAGCGCAAUUAGCGGCAGAUCCGUAAGCUGCUUCCCGGUGCUUCAUCUCCGCCAUGCGCUUCCUCGGCCUCCUCCCGGUCUUCGCGGCCCUGGCUGCCGUCAACGCUACCGUGUACUUUAAAGAGCAGUUUCUAGACGGAGAUGAGUGGAAGAACCGCUGGGUGGAAUCCAAACACAAGUCUGACUACGGAAAGUGGAUCCUGACAGCCGGAAAGUUCUAUGGAGAUGCUGAGAAGGACAAAGGCCUUCAGACUAGCCAGGAUGCCCGAUUCUAUGCCGUUUCAUCCCGGUUCGAGCCCUUCAGCAACCAGGACAAGACCUUGGUGAUCCAGUUUACCGUCAAACAUGAGCAGAAGAUUGACUGCGGUGGGGGCUACGUCAAGGUGUUCCCGGCGGACCUGGACCAGGCAAACAUGCACGGAGAGUCCCAGUAUAACAUCAUGUUCGGACCUGAUAUCUGUGGUUACAGCACCAAGAAGGUCCAUGUCAUCUUCAACUACAAAGGCAAAAACCAUCUCAUCAAGAAGGAGAUCAAGUGCAAGGACGACGAGCUGACCCACCUCUACACACUGAUCCUACGGCCAGACCAGACCUAUGAGGUGAAGAUUGACAACGAGAAGGUGGAGUCAGGCACCCUGGAGGAAGACUGGGACUUUUUACCGCCAAAGAUGAUCAAGGACCCCGAGGCCAAGAAGCCAGAAGACUGGGACGAUCGUGCCAAGAUCGAUGACCCUGAGGACACUAAGCCAGAGGACUGGGAUAAGCCAGAGAAUAUUCCAGACCCCGAUGCCAAGAAACCCAACGACUGGGACGAGGACAUGGAUGGAGAGUGGGAGCCCCCGAUGGUUCCCAACCCGGAAUAUAAAGGGGAAUGGAAACCGAAGCAGAUCGAGAACCCCAACUACAAAGGCGUGUGGGUGCACCCAGAGAUCGAGAACCCCGAGUACACACCGGACUCUGCCAUCUACAAGUAUGACAGUAUCGGUGUCCUGGGCCUGGACCUCUGGCAGGUGAAGAGCGGCAGCAUCUUCGACAACAUCCUCAUCACCGAUGACGAGAAAACGGCUGCGGAAUUCGGGAAGGAGACGUGGGGCAUCACCAAGGACCCGGAAAAGAAGAUGAGGGAUGAGCAGGAGGAGGCCAAACGCAAGGAGGAUGAGGAGAAGAACAAAGAGCAGGACACGGAGGACGGGGAGGAGGACGAGGAGGAUGAGAGCGACGACGAAGAGGAGGAAACCCCCAGUCCUACAGAAGAGGAAGAGGAGGAUGUGGCAUCCAAAGAUGAGCUCUGAGGGGCGGGCCUACAAGCUGUUGUGGGUGGGGCCUGUAUGGGUCCAUCCAAUCAGCAAUGCCAUUUGGACUUGAGCUGUUGAUACUUUUUAUUUGCAGGAAAGGGGUUACUGGUGAAGGCAGGGUUUUUGAAUGUUGUGAGUGUGCAAGUGGGGUUAAGGCCAUGCUGGGGGUAAUAUGGAGCUAAUUCCUCAGCAAACUCCCCCUCACAUGGUCUCUGCACGCCCCGUGUGUGCGUGCGAGUGCGUUUUUUGUGUUCUGUUUAUUUUUAAAGAUUUUUUUUUUCCCCUUUGAUUGUACCUGUCUUGAUUGGGCUAAUUGAAUAAUUGAGUGUGUUUAGAAUGAAAACACAGUUUUUUUUGGUUGAUAUUAAAACUUAUUCUUUAAGUA